CUCCUUUCUUGCCCAAGCCUAAAAAGAAACUAAUAUAAAAUGAACCGACAUCCAGUUGUCAUCUUCUGUCUCUCAAGAUCUCUCCGUUUUCUUGAGAAAGAUCAGGUCAGAUUUUUACAGAGACACAAGACUCCUACUUCACCUUCUCUGUUAAGCUUUUUAUCUCUCUAGAGCUAUAUGUGCUUGCACAUAUAAAUAUAAAGAGGGAGAUGGUAAGGUCAUCAGGGAAGCAAAAAUCAACAAAACUGGUCAUAGUUUGUGUGGUUCUAUUAGGGUUUGGCCUGAUUGGUGAUUAUCUGUGGGCAUCUUCUCCACAUUUUGCUUCUUCUUCUUAUAUAUCCAACCGGGUUCCUCCUAAAUAUCCUCAAUCCAAUGUAAUAAUUCCAAAACAAGAACCACAUCUUGCUGACACUAAACACCAAAAAAUAAAGGUAGAUGGUGUCCAUGAUCGAUCCUUAUCGGCUACAUUUGCUGAUUUGCCUGCACCGGAACUGAAAUGGGAGAAAAUGGCUAAUGCACCUGUGCCUCGGUUGGAUGGGGCUGCAAUACAAAUUAAGGAUCUUCUAUAUGUUUUUGCUGGAUAUGGAACAAUUGAUUUUGUGCAUUCACAUGUAGAUAUUUACAAUUUUACUGGUAAUACCUGGGGAGGUAGAUUUGAUAUGCCUAAAGAAAUGGCUCAUUCACAUUUGGGAAUGGUCACAGAUGGGAGAUACAUUUAUGUUGUCACUGGACAAUAUGGUCCUCAAUGCAGAGGGCCUACAGCUCGUAAUUUCGUGCUAGAUACCGAGACAAGGAAAUGGCAGGAUUUACCUCCUUUACCAGUUCCUAGAUAUGCACCAGCAACUCAACUUUGGAGAGGCAGACUCCAUGUGAUGGGUGGUAGCAAGGAAAAUCGGCACACUCCAGCAUUAGAGCAUUGGAGUCUUGCUGUAAAGGAUGGGAAAGCAUUGGAAAAGGAAUGGAGGACUGAGAUACCAAUUCCUCGUGGAGGACCACAUCGGGCUUGUGUCGUGGUUAAUGAUCGACUUCUCAUUAUUGGUGGUCAGGAAGGUGAUUUUAUGGCCAAGCCAGGAUCACCUAUUUUCAAAUGCUCUCGUAGGAAUGAGAUAGUAUAUGAUGAGGUCUACAUGCUGGAUGAUGAGAUGAAGUGGAAACCUUUAUCUCCUAUGCCAAAGGCUGACUCUCACAUUGAAUUUGCUUGGGCAAUUGUUAAUAAUUCCAUUGUUAUUGCUGGAGGCACCACUGAAAAACACCCUAUAACUAAAAAAAUGGUCCUGGUUGGUGAAGUUUUCCAGUUCAACUUGGAUACACUGACAUGGUCAGUAAUCGGAAAACUUCCAUAUCGUGUGAAAACUACACUGGUUGGAUUCUGGAACGGAUGGUUGUACUUUACAUCAGGACAGCGAGAUAGAGGACCAGAUGAUCCAGCACCGAAAAAAGUCAUUGCAGAUAUGUGGAGAACCAAACUGAAAUUGAACUCAUGACCGAUAUCUGUUUCUUCUUUGGUAGGAUAGCCCCUCCUAUCUCACCAAUUGAUGUCUCAUCAUCAAGGCAAAUAUUUAUCUGUAUCGUUCUUCCACACAUUUUUGUGAUUUUUGUCAACAUUUUUUACUCCCCAGUGUAAGUGAAGGAAUGAGUGAAGUAGCAAUUCUUCCCGGUGUGUUGUGUCAACUUGAGAGUAUACGUCACUGUAACAUGGAAAGCGCUUUAUUAGAUUUUAUUUCUGGAAAAAUAAUAAAAAUGUGCCCUUUUCAAUC